AGUCAACAACAAAAAUUUCAAAUUAAUAUUGGAUACUUAAUUUUUGAUUUAUUGUCUGCAAAUAAAUUUCAAAGAUGCCUUGCUACACCAGCACUAAAGUGCGCUUUGAUAACCCGCGUAGCGAUACCGAUAUUGGUAAGAAUCGCCUUAGUACAGCAGGAAAAACCGAGACAACACCAUGUAUCAAUGUACGCCUAACGCCAAGUCAGGAGGCACUACCAAGACAAAGCGAAAAAAUAACGCGGGCAAGGACUUGUUAUCUGUACAAUCAAAGAGGAAAGAAGUUGAAAUAUCCCAUUGAUCCGACCAAAGAAGCUACAUUACGCAAAGAAGACAUUGAACGUAUCAAAGCCAAUGCAAAGAUAAUAACUAUGGAAGAAAGAGCUGCUAUUGUAGAGCUGCAAGAAAAAGAAGCACAACGUCUGAAUGAUAUGGCAGAUGAGUUAAGGCUUCGCUACAAAAGAAUUGAUGAUGAGCGUAGAAAUAUGAGAGAUGCUCUCGACGGUCGAGAUAAAUUCAGUGAUACUGCACAAAAGCUUAAUGUAUUGGAGCGCAGCUUUGUAGAAAAACAUGAACAGGAAGAAGAGGUUCAACUUGCAAAUCGUGUCAUCAUAAACUUAAAGUGUCAGGCGGUACGUGAUGAACAGAUUUUGGAAAAAAAAGAAAUUGAACGUCUUGCAAAGCAAGCAGACGCACAUAUGGUUCAAAUUCAAAUGAAUAUUGCAGCGAAAUCGCUAGCUGAAGAGGACAAAAAAGAGGAAGAGAAACGGCUUAAUAGAAUUUUGUAUGCCGCAGACAUACGACAGCAAUUAAAUGAGCGUGAACGUAUACGUUUACUUGAAGGACAACGUAUAGAGAAAGAAGCACUCAAAAUGCGUGAAGCUAUGGAAGAACUAAAAAGGGACGAGGAGCUUCAAGCAAAAUUAAUAUUAGAACGUAAACUUCAAUUUCGUCGUGAACUAGAUAAAGUAGCUGAAAUGUCUAUGGUUUUUAAAAAGAUGUUGUGUGAACAAGACCUUGAUGCUGAUAUGCGAGUGUUGGCUUUUAAACGUGAGCAGGAAAUUCGACAACGUAAAUUUGACGAAGAGAAGAGAAUUGCUAAAAAAGAAUUCGAUCGUAAGCAAGAUAAAUUAUUUGUGUUGGGUCAGAAGGCUUUGGAGUCCAGAUCUCGUCGUGAUGAAAUGAGUUACAUGCGAGAACAAGAAAGACUUGAAAGUGAAUAUAGGCGCAAGGAAAUGGAGGCGGCAUUGCGCAAGAAGAGGGUCGAAAAAGAAUUAUGUGAUGCACGCAAACAACAAUUAUUGGAUUCCAAGAAUCGUCAUGCUUUGUAUAUCGCACAUGCUGAACAAGAAUUUAAUGAUCUUAUUGUAAGCAUAAAAUCUGAAGAGGAGGAACAGAAGAAAAUGGAUGCACUGCACAAGAAACUGCGCGAGAACUAUCGCAACGAUAUAAUACGCCAAAUCAAUGACAAAGAAGCGGAACGUCGUCGCUUAUUAGAUCUCGAGAAGAAUCAAGUCUCUACUUGGCGUAAGGAUGAACGCAAACGUGAACAAAAUAUACGCACUAUUAUUAAUGCUAAGUUAGCUGCUAUGAAAGAUGCCAAAUUACCGGAGAAAUAUAUUACCGAAGUUCAACAGCGUAUAACGAAAAUUUUUGCAAAAUACAAUAAUUAAAUUAAUUUUUUAAUCAUU